CUCGCAAUCAAGCAUCCUACACAGAUGUUGGCAAAUAUAAUAGCCGAAUGGAAAUGACUUUAAAUCAGGCACUUAAAGCCAUAAAAAGUAGAGGAAGAAGUAUUCCAGUAGAUGGCAUUUAUUCGAUAUUAGGUUUGUUGCCUUAUGGAGAAUGGGUAGUUCCUAAAUACAAAGGGAAACUAUGCAAAGAAUGCAAAAAAUUAGAAAAUGAACGAAAAAAAGAGAUAAUUUGUAAACAUCCAGAAGAACAAAAGGAAUACUGA